CCGACAGCGGCGGGAGCGGGGCUGGCGCUGCCGAGGGAUGGGGCAGCGGUGGGGCACGGCUGUGCUUCUCCUCGCUAUGGGGCACCUUGCUGGGCUGCUGGCAUCGGGCACUGCCUGCACCAACAUCUACCAAGGCUUUUCGGACUGCGUCCUCAAGCUGGGGGAGAAUAUGGCUGCGUAUGAGGAGGCAGAUGGCAUCGAGCUGCAGGGGCUGCACCGAGUCUGUGGGUACUGGGAUGAAUUUCACACGUGUGCCCUGACGGCGCUCUGGGAGUGCCAGAAGGAAGCAGCAGCCAUCUGGGAGGUGCUGAGAAGGGAGUCUCGGAAAAUCAAAUUUCAAGGCAGCUUGUUUGACCUCUGCAGCCCCAGCACUGCCCAAAGCUUUGCCUGGACCCGUGUUCCAAAUGUUUCCAUCCUUGGUAUCCCCCUCAUCGUUACUUGGCUGAACUUAUAAACUGGAGCUCUGUGAGUAUCACAGCAGAGGUGCUGGCAGUGUGUGUUGUGGCAUCUUCCUGAUCACCUUUCCAAACCUUUGAUGAAUACACUGUGUGGUACUCAGUGAACAUGUGGCUCCAUCCUGCGCCUAUGAGACAUGGAAGAGCUCAGCGGCAUCUCCUGGGUUUUGCUGUUUCUCUGUAAUUUGGAGUAAGGCCUUUCCCCUUCUGCCUCAAGGCAGGGACAGAUCUGGCUGACCGCAGAAUUUGGGAACUUGUAGGUAUGGGGCAGAGGAUGGGGGGGGGGAAGGAUAAAUUGGUUCUGAACUCUGGAUGCUUUUGCGUUCUUCUGUGGCUGCUGGAAGGAAACCUGUUUGCUUUGCUGACUUUCCACCAGAUCAACUCUCCAGGUUUUUGAUUUGGGCACUGAAACCAAGAUGGGAAUCUUCACUGCUGACUUGUGAGGGGCAGGGGAUGGUGUAUGUGCUGUUAAAGGCAGAAAGCAAACCUUGCCUCCCUGUACUAUCCCUUUCAAUUUGAGGAUGUGGUGAAACCCCUGCAUCCCCAUGUGCCUAAUCACAGGUGCAUGAUGUCUUCUCUUGCAUGCAUCUGGAUUCCUGAGUAACUCCUGUAAUAUUGUGUAAAUCCCUUUUCUAAGGAAAUAGAGGGCAAAAAUAUUUGGGGAGGGAGUGGGGUGAAGGAAUGUCAAGCUAGCAGGAUAAAGAGGACUUGCAGAAACUCUUUUGUUUUAAAGCUUUCCCCAAGGUACCUGUAAGCAGCUCUGUGGGUACCAGUGUAAUUCCAGAAUAUUAAAGCUUGUUGUAGA